AUGGCCUCUAGCACGCCCACGCCGCGCUUCGCCGAGGGCGAAGACCAGGCCAAGGUCGGCUCGGACAUCGAGGCCCUGCAGCAACAGGGCUGGGUACUAGACCCGGAAGGCUCAGGCGUGAGGAAGACCUUCUACUUUAAAAGCUACUUUAAAGCUAUUUCUUUCGUUAGCAUGAUCGGCGCCGAGAGCGCGGUCAAGAAACACCAUCCUACGAUGACGGUGCGCUUCGGGUCUGUUGAUGUCCACUGGACUACGCAUCAGCCUCGCGGCCUCACCCACAAGGACGUUUCGAUGGCGCAGCAUUGUGAUAAGGGAGCCAAUGUUAUUGGAGCGGUGGAAGCUGGACAGGGACAGAAAUGUAGUUGA